AGCCCUGCUCCGGGUCCCACGCUAGAUACAUAUAUAUACGCGGGUACCCUCAGAUUUGAUAUAGUUAGAAUUAUUCUUUGCUGUGAAUAUGCUUAAGAUCACUAUCCUAUCCUGCCUGUUUAUCUCCUCCUAUGGAGCUCCUGCCUAUCCUAAGGAGAUUCCAUCCAUCCCUGGGAUUAACUAUGAUAAACCUUCUCCUGCUCCUCUCCAACUAGCUCCUGCUCCAGGAUAUAUUCCUGCUCCAGGAUAUGCUCCCGCUGCUCCUGCAUAUAAGGAGCCAGGUGCACCUUAUAACUACUCCUACGAGGUGAAGGAUGAACCUGCAGGAUUGAACUUCGGACAGAACGAGAACAGUGAUGGAAGUGUUGUAUCCGGAGAAUACAGGGUUCUACUUCCGGAUGGAAGAACUCAGAUUGUCAGGUACAGAGCAGAUCACGUGACCGGAUAUGUUGCUGAUGUAUCAUAUGAAGGAGAAGCUAGACCUUAUGUUCCGGUCAAACCCUACUCUCCUCCAGCAGUUUAUUAUUAGAUAGUUAAUCUCAAACCUGAUCCUCAUUCUGAGCUUAGUUCCUUCUUUCCUGAUCCUCAUCCUGAUCCUGGUACCUUCUCACCUGAUCCUUAUCCUGAUUUUGGUUACUUCUCACCUGAUCCUUAUCAUGAUCCUGGUACCUUCUCACCUGAUCCUUAUCAUGAUCCUGGUUCUUUCUCUCCUUAUCCUCAUUAUGAUCCUGGUUCCGUUUCUCCUGAUCCUUAGCAUGAUCCUGGUUCCUUCUCUCCUUAUUCUCAUCAUGAUCCUGGUUCCUUUACUCCUGAUUCUCAUCUUGAUCCUGGUUUCUUUUCUCCUGAUUGUCAUCCUGAUCCUGAUCUUAGUUACUUCUCCUGAUCCUCAUUCUGAUCUUGGUUCCUUCUCUCCUGAUCCUUAUCAUGAUCCUGGUUCCUUCUCUCCCGGUCCUCAUCCUGAUCCUGGUUCCUUCUCUCCUGAUCCUCAUUCUGAUCUUGGUUCCUUCUCUCCUGAUCCUUAUCCUGGUCCUGGUUCCUUCUGUCCUGAUUCUUAUCAUGAUCAAGUUUCCUUCUCUCCCGGUCCUCAUCCUGAUCCUGGUUUCUUCUCUCCUGAUCCUCAUCCUGAUCCUGGAUCCUUCUCUCCUUAUCCUCAUUAUGAUCCUGGUUUCUUUUCUCCUUAUCCUCAUUAUGAUCCUGGUUCCAUAUCUUCUGAUCCUGAUCCUGGUUCCAUAUCUUCUGAUACGGAUCCUGAUCUUGGUUCCUUCUCUCCUGCUCCUUAUCCAGAUCCUGGUUCCUUAUCUUUUGAUCCUGAUCCCCAUCUUAGUUACUUCUCCUGAUCCUGGUUCCUUCUCUCCUGAUUCUAAUCAUGACCCUUGUUCCUUCUCUCCUGAUCCUUAUCCUGUUCAGGUUCCUUUUCUCCUGAUCUUUUCCUAACCUUGGCUCUAUUUCUCCUGAUCUUUUCCUAACCUUGGCUCUAUUUCUCCUGAUCUUUUCCUAACCUUGACUCCUUUUCUCCUGAUCUUUUCCUAACCUUGGCUCUAUUUCUCCUGAUCUCUGAUCUCUUUUCUGAUCCUACUUCACUUCUUAAUCCUAAACUUGAUCUUGAUAUAAGAACUACAUCCUUUUCAACCCUUAAUCCUGAGCCUGAUCCUUCAUUUUACAAUGCUGAUUCUAAUUUAAUCCAUACACAGAUUAUCCUCCUUCCCUUUAUCUUCUCCGAUUCCUCUUCUUUCAAUGAUCCUCUCCUAUACCUAAUUUAACUCCUUUCCUUGAUCCUAUAACUGUUCAGAUCACAGGACUUCAUUUGAUCCACUUAAAGCACUAUUCUUUUACUCCUAAUCCCCCGUCCUAGUUCAAUCCUAACCCUAAUCCUGAUAUCUCAUCACAAAUCCUAAUUCGUGAAUUUCUCCGACUUUGGUUAAAAUUCUAAUCCUUCCUCUCUGGUUUGAUUUUAAUCUUAAUCCUAAAUCUCAUCUUAAUCAUGGCUAAAUCUCAUUUUAUUGCUUUCAUUAUUCCGAAAACCCCAGAAGACUCUCCAGAUCCCAACCUGUCCGAUCUGUGUUUCAGCCUAACUUGUUCUUAUUUAUACAUUUUACAUAACUAUUCUGUUUAGUAAUAUGCGAGUUUUAUGUGAUAUGCUUUAUUGUUUAAGUUGUAAAAUAAAAUAAUUAUUUAUAAAA